CAGACGGCAAAAAAAGCUGCUCGGCGCGACAGGGGGACGAGCGACGUGAGUUUUGACGCAUCAGUGUGCGUACAGUGCUCACUGUCGGCGCACACAGCCGCCCGCGCCACUCGUUCGAGCGGUGGCGCCGACGACGAGCAGCCUCUCCGCAGCGCACUGUUCAGCACGUACACGCACACGCGAAGAAGAUAAACAUAAGGAAUAAUGGCCUCGGUCUCCGGCUUAUUACAAGUUAGAGUGCGGCAGGCCAAGGGUCUAGACGCGGCGCCCGCGGCCGCUCUAACGGUCCGACUCCGACUGCUCCCGUGGAAGGAGGAGCAAUCGUCGGAUACGGCCCAGUGCGACGACGACGGCACGGCGGAGUGGGCCUUGUCCGACGCCAAUCUCGUAGUCUUACCGCAUCUCGCGGCACACGACGAGGCCCAGCCACAAUUAUCAAUUGAUCUGAGGAGUCGCGAGUUACUCGUCUAUGAGCGCUGUCUCGGUUUGACCACAAUCGACGCCCAGCCCCUACUCAUCCCGGGCGAAGAGAAUGAAAUGUGGAUCUCACUCAAUGAGAAGACCUCCGUACUCCUACAAACGAAAUUCGUCCCGGGCACGACGACCCCGACAGCUAUCGCGCGGACGCCGUCCUUGGUGUUGAAUGAGGACGUGCGCCACCAGCACCUCUUCCGAUUGCAGUCCUACAACACGCCGCAGUGGUGCGCGGUAUGCGAAAAACUCAUGAUGGGACUGCGGCAUCAAGGGUUUAGGUGUGAGGCCUGCGGGCUCAGCGUGCAUGGUGGCUGCCAGCUGAAAGCGCACGCCGUGUUUGAUUGUGUGGGGAAGAAGCCGCCUCCCCUCGAGACGCCGCAACCUUCCUUUGAUGAGCCGUUGGUGCAAGGGUCUCCGCGGGCGAAAAGGUCCCCGUCGGGCGACGCUGUGUUUGUCGAUGAUGUCGAAGAAGGUGUUGGAAGAUUAGAAUUGCAUCUGGCAUCGGUCAAAUUACUGGAAACGAGUGACGAAGAAGACACUACCACUGGAGACUACUAUGUCAGAGUCGUGCUGGCGGGUUCGAGGGACAUGCCUCCGCCCAAACGAGGCCGCUUUAAUAGACGUACGCAUACGGUCUACCAAAGUAGGGAGCCGCACUUCGACGUCCGGUGGCGGUUCUGCGUCGAAAGCUUCGCGGCCGAAGUUCGCGUGGAACUCGUCGACGCGGCUCGUGACAGUGUUGUUGGGAGUCACCGCUUCGGCGUGCUCGACUUACUACAGGAGCAGGCCGAUCAGAAAGCUUUGGACUACCUGAAGCAGGCCCAAUCAAUUAUAAAAGCUAACUUACCCCCAGGCACGCAGAUACCCUACUUGACGCAAUCGGAAUCCGCGAAGAGGUACGGAUCACCUCCCUCAUCCUAUUAUUUUGACGACGCGGCCAACUCCUACCUGCGAGAUAAAGCGAACCUACCGACGGCGGUCGUGCAUUGGCCGUCGGCGCGCUUCACGGUGUUUGGGGACAAGCUGUGGUGGGCGCCGACACCGAUAUCCGUAGAGCGCCCCCCGCAACCAGAGCAGUUCUCCAUCGAGAUCUCGAAGCAACAUAUAAGGCGCGCGACCGAUUGCGUCCACGCGAUCUACGCGUUCAUGGACGCUUAUGAUGCAUUUAUGAGGUGGACAAGGCCGCUGCAGACCGGUUCCGUGUUUAUUGUAUUUGUCUCCAUUUGUUUAUUCUUAGAUGCGGAGUAUGCCGGACUCGUUCCAGUUACAUUGGUAGCUCUCGGGUUGCUCGUGCUAGGCAGGAGACGAUUUCUGAGAGGCUACCCUAGAGCUUCAUUUUUAGAUGAGGCGUUCGAGAAGGCCGACGCGGAGUUGCUGAAUGGUGCGACGCAGCGGUUCCGGCCGUGCGGACGGCUGAAGAUCGCGGUGUGUGCUGGACGCGGUUUCGAGAAAGAUGAUGAUGUGUACGCCGUGGCGACGUUUCGAAGACCGUUGUUGGAUGAACCUGUUGUAGAGAAGCCUCGACCACGCUCGGGCUCGGCCUCACCUAGGAUAGCGGAAGCGCUAUCUGUUGAUACGUCGCUCGACGCUCUGCUGGACGACGCCCAGGCCAUGCCGACGCCCGGUGCGGCGCAAGGUACGAAGGCGCGGGGCGACUCGAUCAUGCUGGACGACGCCCCGCUGCCCGUCUCGCCCUGCGUGGAAACCAACCGGUGCGUCAGGUGCAACUUUGAUUUCCACACAGGUGUCACCGACGACCACCAAGGUCGAAGAGGAAGAAAUCACGCACCACGAAACUUUAUUAGGAUACACGGGCACGUGUCGAGGGAGAGAUCCGAGGUGGCACGGGUCGCUGGGGGCGACGGUCGACCGGGAGGCCGGGUGGUCCUCGAUCAGACGAGUAUCAUCUUUGCUCGGGGAUCACGACCACGCAACACCUUGUAUCGUCGAACCCUGGGAACGGCGGGGCUGGCGCAAGAACGACACGUCCCAGACCAUCGACAGAUGUUUAGUCUACCCCCUGCCGCAGCCCAUGGACGCGGAACAAAUGCUGGCCUGGUCCGAGGCGCAGGGCGGUGUGAGGGUUGCGGUCUUCCGGACGGGACGAUUGGCCGAUUCGUGUAUAGGAGAAGUCGUCAUACCUUUGUGUGAUUUAGUGGACAGCGACGAACGGGGCCCGCAACGAGAGAGAAGAGGCUGGCACGAGCUCGAAAUUGUGGAUGAGGAAGUUCCGAAGAAGCGUAAGGAGAAGCCCGCGGUGCACGUGAGACUACAGUUAGUCUUGAGAGAUGACAGUGAGCCGAACAAUGAAGAAAAAAGAUUGUGCCGCGCCGUCGAGGCCAUGAUCGACCCCAUGACCACAGAUACGCACACGCUGACGCAGUCCGUCGGCGCCUACGCGCGGGAAGCUACCAAACCCCUCAGCACCGUCGUGACGGCGAACGAGUAUGCCGUUUAUGCCCAGAACUUACUAGGAAGGAUUUUGGACUUCGGCGAGGGGUUUAAGAACCUGCUGACGUGGACGCACCCGGAAAAGACGCUGUUUCUGUUUCUAUGCGCGUGCUUUGGGGUUGUGUUAUUUGCGAGGGUGCAGACGAGAUACCUGAUCCUCGCGGGAGGUUUGUAUGAGUUCCUCUAUCGCUUGCUACCGGGCGACGGCUCGCCGAUGACGACGCGACUCGUCAAUGCGGUGAGGAGCGUGCCCCACGAUAGGGCACUGAGGGACUGCUACGACGUGCGCGCGAAGGAGCACGCCCAGUUACUUAUAGAGAACGAGAAGCGGAUGAGGAGACGGGCGCAGCUGCAUGCCAUCUGGUCGCCGUCCUGCGAAAUUAGGUGUCGCAUCCAUCUCCAGGACAAGUGGCAGGAUCGUUAUGUGAUCUUGCACGGGCGGCGUCUAGCUGGAUGGUCCUCGGAGAAGGACGUGGAUGGCGGGCGGGCCCCGCGCGAGGUGCUGGUACUGUUAGGCCACGCGGGGCUGACAGCACCAUCACCCACGGACUGCCGGGAUUUAGAUGAGGAGGCGUCGACGCGCGUCCUCGUGGUCUUCGGCCAAGAUCAAGGGGGCAAGCCGGCGCGCUGGGCCGUGCUCUGCGCCGAGGAGUCUUUAUCUAUCUUCAAGGAUGCGGUGGGAGGCGCGUGCGCGACGAAGCUCGAGUGAUGUUAAUAAGUGUGUUUG